AUGUGGAGUCUGAUAAUGCUGCCUGCAGUAAGGAGGAGUUUCGGGGAACAUGAAAUGGGAAGGCCUGAAGAGCAAGGAGGCACAGAGUCGGUACCUCCCAGAUUAGAUCUGCAGUUGAAGUCUCACUCCAUGUUCCUGAAAGAUGCCCUUUCCACAGGACACCUGAGCCCCACUGCCUGCACCCUGAGGAAGCACAAGACGAAUAGGAAGCCCCGAACCCCGUUCACCACUUCCCAGCUGCUGGCUCUGGAGCGCAAGUUCCGCCAGAAGCAGUAUCUGUCCAUCGCCGAGAGAGCAGAGUUCUCCAGCUCCCUCAACCUCACAGAGACCCAGGUCAAAAUCUGGUUCCAGAAUCGGAGGGCCAAGGCCAAGAGACUGCAGGAGGCUGAGCUAGAGAAGCUCAAAAUGGCAGCGAAGCCCAUGUUGCCGUCGGGGUUCAGCCUCCCUUUCCCCAUCAACUCUCCCAUCCAGGCUGCCUCACUGUAUGGAACAUCCUACCCUUUUCACAGACCUGUGCUUCCUAUCCCACCCGUUGGACUCUAUGCUACUCCCGUUGGAUAUAGCAUGUACCACUUAUCCUAA